UCAGACCAACUAUAUCGCAGAAUAAAUUAUUGUUUGUCCCCGUUGUCUGGAUACCGAAUCGAUUUUACACCAUCGCAAGCAUCGGCUUUAUACUUCAGCUAUGCUAAGGCUCUAAAAAUAAAAAUAAAACGAAUAACGUUCGAACAUCCUAUUUUCAAAUGUUUAAAAGUUAACAAGUGUUUAGGAGAAUCUCAUAAUGGCUUCGAUUUUGCCCGCUGGACUGCGAAAUGGGGUAAAAGGCCUCGACGCCAACCGCUAUGCUACCAAGAAGACCGUGGCACAAGGCAUGCUGGACAUCGCGCUGCUCACUUCCAAUGCGUCGCAGCUGAAGUACGUGCUCCAAGUUGGCCCUAAGCAUGAGUUCUAUACGUUGCUGGUCGUUCUCAUCUCUGUUUCUAUAGUGCUGCAGCUGCUGGUUGGUUUGCUCUUCGUCGUCAUCGGCGGCUUGGACCUGAAUGACGACGACGACCAACCCUCGGCGGUGAUCCUCAAUGACGUCAUAGUCAUUUUUAUAUUCGUCAUUUCGGUGGUCAAUAUCGUCAUUUCGGCGUUCGGUUUAGAAUACUCAAACAGCCCUUUGAUUUUAGAACGCCUUAAUUAUAUUAAUAAUGAAUAUUUAAGGAAAGGAAAUGGCACUGUUUCUUGAAAGUUACCGGCGGAAAACUGUUUAAUGUUAAUUAAGAGUAAUAAGGCCGCAAUUAUAGUAUUUAUCAAUAUGGGCUCAAAUGUAUUUAAAAAAUAGUUAAUAAGUACUUAACUUAGGUAAACU